AUGAAUUUACAAGGAGAUGUUAAAAGGCAUUUAGACUUGAAACAUAGUAAUCAAUUGGCUUAUAAGUUUGUUGAGGAUAAUGGCGUCGAGAAUACACCACUCAAGCUAGAUUCCUCCUUGAAGAGACACACUACCUUCCUUAGGCGUCUCAAACUCAAUUUAGGCGCUGAGAACGUUGACAAUAACAUCAAAGAUAUCCACCAACUCAGCCUAUCCAAACAUCUCGAAGAAAUUGUCACAAACAUCGUUGAAGGCGUCAUCAAAUGCAAAUCUGAAAAGGAUUCUUGGGCUGCCGUCGAGACCAUCUCCGCUCUCCACCAAAGAUUCCCUAUCUCCUUCUCUUCUCCUCUCAUUUCCCUCUUAUCUUCCUCUCUAUCCCCCCCUUCGAAAUCUCAACUAGCCGCUCUCUCCCCCGAGCAAAGAGACAAAGAAGAAGCUGCUAGAAUUAACAAGCAACGCCCUAUUCUCAGAGUCGCUGGUGAAUUAUACCUCGUUGGCCUCAUCCCCGACUCUCCCUCUAAAGAUGGUCCUAAGAAUUGGUUAUUUGUUAAGCUUAAAGACCUUCUAGCAACCGAUAAAGAUCACUCAAACACCCCGAUUCUCAUCUCCUUCAUUAAACACUUUUCUGCUCUCAUUUACGGUCUUGAUGGUGAUCAACACACUCUCAUCGAUUCUCCCUCCCAAGAACGCUUCAAAGCCCUUUCUUCCGCCUACUACGACACUCUAACAAGAAAACUCGUCAAAGAACACCUCAAACUGCAAGAUCAAGAUAAACGCAACCACGAAGCUUACAUCCGCUCAGGUGAAAUCUUUCAAGACAGACAGCAAUCUUACGAAAAACUCACAAAAGCUUAUGAAAAGCUACUUAACUCCACUCAAACCCUUUCUGAACUACUCCAUCUAGACAUGCCUCAAUUACCAAAAGAACAGUCAAAGGGAUUAGGCGGUUUAGUCGUCGCUGAUGGCUCCACCCCUUACAACAGAGAUCAUGACGAGUAUGAUUCUACUAUCGGUAAAUGGGAAGAUGAGGAUGCCAAAAACUUUUACGAGGAUGUCUUUGACUUGGCUGAUGUCCUCCCUCCUGCUGUCUUCGCAAAUGUCUUGGGUAAGAAGGUCGACCAGAAGGACGAUAUUGGCGAGUCACCAGCACAAAAAAUCCAAACAGAUGAGCAAAUGGAUAAGGAAAAAGAACAGCUCGUCUCUACGCUCACUUCCACACCCGACGACCCAGAUGAGGGUAUAUCUGCCGGCCCAUCUGCCCAGCUCAACGCCCUCUUUGCCAGACUGCCUGAGAUGAACAACCGCGCAAUGAUUGACCAGGUGGCAGUUGAGUUUGCCAUGCUUAACUCUAAGGCUGCUCGUAAAAGGGCCAUCAAGUCAAUAGCCGCUGUUCCACGCAACAGGUCUGAUGUCUUACCCUACUAUGCGCGUUUAACUGCAAUUCUCAACAAGCACAUGCCCGAUAUCGGCAAGGGUGUGGUUGAUCUUCUUGACGAUGAGUUCCGCUAUUUGCAACGCAAGAAGAAUUUAGUGAAGGAGCUGGCUGAGUCGCGCACCAAGAAUGCACGCUUCAUAUCUGAGUUGACCAAGUUCAGUGUAGUCCCAACGCACUACAUCCUCCACUGCUACAAGGUGUUGCUGGAUGAUUUUACGGGAGUCAACAUUGAUGUGCUGGCCAUUCUUCUCGAGACGUGCGGGCGUUAUCUGCUGCGCAGCGAAGAGACGGGGGAGAAGAUGAAGAUAUUCCUCGAGCUAAUGAAACGCAAGCAACAGCUACAACACCUGGAUCAGCGUCAGCAACUCAUCCUCGAGAACGCUUACUACCACUGCAACCCACCUGAACGGGCUAGUCGACCUGUCAAAGAACGCACGCCAACGGAGCUUUUUAUCCGCCACCUCAUCUACGACGUCCUCACGCGCCGGACCGUCGAAAAGGUUUCGAAGCUCCUCCGCAAGCUGCACUGGGAAGAUGAGGGAGUGAUAAACGUCUUACUCAACGUUUUCACGAAAGUGUGGAAAAUUUCCUACGCUUCUAUCCCACUGCUGGCCAUACUGGUGUAUGAUCUACAGCGUUUUCAUCCGGCAUUCUGCGUGAUGGUCGUCGACCGUGUACUUGAAGACGUUAAGAGCGGUGUAGAGCAGAAUAUAUUCAAAUACAAUCAACGACGGGUCGCUGCAGUGCGAUACCUGGGUGAGUUGUACAACUACCGCAGUGUGCAGUCUGGGGUUAUAUUCGAUGUUUUGUGGAUGCUGGUGACAUGGGGACAUGUCGGUGGACGACCCCUUCCCGGAAUGGCUAGCGGGGGUGUGCGUGAUGCACCCGACGACUUUUUCAGGAUACGGUUAGUGUGCACUCUGCUAGAUACGUGCGGAGCGUGCUUCGAUAGUGGCUUGCAGAGGAAGCGCCUCGAUGACUAUAUUGCCUUCUUGAUGAUGUACGUGGCUACUAAAUCAACCCUGCCGAUGGACAUGGACUUUAUGUACACGGAUACCCUCGACGCUCUCAGACCGGGGAUAGCGAUAAAGAGGUCGUUCGAAGACGCUGUUAGAGGCGUCGAUGAAAUGAUGGCGGAUGAUCACCAUCUUCUCCCCGACCAAGGUGGUGAGGAGGAGGUUGUUUAUCGCGACGAGGAGAGCGGGGAGGAGGAAAACGGAGAUGGUGAAGGUGAAGGUGAGGAGGGGCAGGUUGAAGCAACUGAACCUGUUGAAGCCGAUGAAGCUGAUGAAGGCGAUGAAGAAGACGAGUCAGACUCAGACAGCGAGGGUGACGCUGAGAUGGACGACGACGUAGUCCUGCGCGAGAGCGAGAGAGGGAGAGAGAAAGAGGAGAUACCGCCUGAGGAAGAGGACGAGUUUAACAGGGAGCUGGCAAAGAUGGCUACGGACAACAGCGAAGCGAAGAAGGUGGACAAGCGCGCAUUGUUCGAUCUAUCGCUCCCCGCCAAGAAGAAAACGGAGGAAGAGGGAGGUUCAGGUGACCCAAGUCAGAUGAAAUUCACAGUACUCACUAAGAAAGGGGCUAAACAGCAAACGCGGACGGUUGAAGUACCUUCUGAGUCCCCGCUCGCUGUUAACUCGCGCACGAAUGCACUCCAGGAUCAGCAUGAGCAGGCACAACUGAAGAAGUUAGUGUUGGAUUAUGAGAAGAGAGACGCAGCACAGCAGGAUGUGAAUGAAAAGAAACGCUGGGAACAACUGUCGAAAGCGACGGGAAUGAAGAUAAAUUUCAAGCAGGAUGGAUAA